UUCCUUCCUCCCGAAGAAAGAGGACUUGGAGCUCCUUCCAGGUGCUGCGCCGGUGCCUCCUUCGGGGGACCAGAGCCUUGGUAGCACUGCCUCAUUUGACAAUCUUUGCCUGGAUACAGAAGAGGGAAGAGCUUUUGUGGUCCCCUUGGAGGAAUUCUUGGAACACGGAUCAAAGAUGGCUGAGCAGGGCUCAGUUGGCCCUGAACCAAAAAUAGACCCUGAUGCCAUUAAGACUGAGCCCAGUGGGGAAAACUGGGAAAGGACGAUGGAGAUGAUCCAGGACGUGGACAUGGUCACCCCUGCUGGCCCGGAACUAAAAAUAGACCCUGAUUCCAUUAAGACCGAGAGCAGUGGGGAAUUCUCGGAAAGGACGAUGGAGAUGAUCCAGGGUGAGGACAUGGCCAGCUUGGAUGUACAGCUCCAGCAUUUCAGGCAGUUCCGCUACCAGGCGGCUGAGGGCCCCCGAGAGACCUGCAACCAACUCCGCGAUCUUUCCUGUCGGUGGCUGAAGCCGGAACGACACACAAAAAACCAAAUUCUGGACCUGGUGCUCCUGGAGCAGUUCCUGACCGUCCUGCCAGUGGAGAUGGCGAGCUGGGUGAGAGAAUGCGGAGCGGAGACCAGUUCCCAGGCGGUGGCCCUGGCCGAAGGCUUCCUCCUGAGCCAGGCGGAGGACCAGAAGCAGCAAGAGCAGCAGCAGGUAAAGGCACAAUUUGCAGAAGUUUGCAACCAGCUCCACUCUCUUUCCCAUCGGUGGCUGAAGCCAGAGCGACACACGAAAAACCAAAUCCUGGACCUGGUGAUCCUGGAGCAGUUCCUGACCAUCCUGCCAGCGGAGAUGGCGAGCUGGGUGAGGGAAUGCGGAGCGGAGACCAGUUGCCAGGCGGUGGCCCUGGCAGAAGGCUUCCUCCUGAGCCAGGCAGAGGACCAGAGGCAGCAAGAGCAGCAGCAGCCGGUAAAGGCACAAUUUGCAGAAGUUUGCAACCAGCUCCACUCUCUUUCCCAUCGGUGGCUGAAGCCGGAGCGACACACGAAAAACCAAAUCCUGGACCUGGUGAUCCUGGAGCAGUUCCUGACCAUCCUGCCAGCGGAGAUGGCGAACUGGGUGAGGGAAUGCGGAGCGGAGACCAGUUCCCAGGCGGUGGCCCUGGCAGAAGGCUUCCUCCUGAGCCAGGCAGAGGAGCCGAGGCAGCAAGAGCAGCAGCAGCAGGUAAAGGCCCAGUUUCCAGAAGUGGGACCUGAUUUCCCUGCAGCAGAGGCGGCUCCAUCGUCAGACACCUGGCAGAGCCCCCCACAAAGGGGGAUCAGGCCGGAGGGCGACGGACGUGCCUCCAUGCAGGGGCGUGGAAUGACGUUGGCAAUGAGUACACAGCCGUCUCUUCCUGAAGGAAUGGAACCGGACCAGGGUCUGGUGACUUUCGAGGAGGUUGCUGUGCGGUUCACAGAGGAGGAGUGGACCCUGCUGGAUCCUGACCAGAGAGCCCUGCACAGGCAGGUCAUGGAAGAGAACAGGGGGAUCGUGGACUCUCUCGAAAAUUACUGGCGGGAAAGGAAGAAUAAGAGGGAACCAGGUGGGAUGUCACCGAAAAGAGACAAACAUAACAACAGCAAACAUCAGAGAAGUAAAACAAAGUUAAAUAGCAAUGGAAGGAACAAAUUCUUUGCUUCUCAGGGUGAUGGCUACCAUGAUAGCACAAUCCAGGAAGAAAUACAUCAUAGACAGGAAAUGAAAAGUUUCCAUGUGCAGAGGAAAACUUUCAAGUCUGAAUCAAACUUUAAAGUUAAUUGUGAAAUUCACACCUUGAAGAAACGGUGUCCAGGUUUGGUGUGUAGAAAGAGCCUCAGUGAGAAGCGGACUCUGAUUUCUCAUCAAAGAACUCACACAGCGGAGAAACCGUAUCAUUGUUUGGAAUGUGGAAAGAGCUUCAGUCAGAAGAAAUAUCUCACUUGGCAUCAAAAGACUCACACAGGAGAGAAACUAUAUCAAUGUUUGGAGUGUGGAAAGAGGUUCAGUCAUAAGACAGAUCUCAAUUCUCAUCAAAGAAUUCACACAGGGGAGAAACCAUAUAAGUGUUUGGAGUGCGAAAACAGCUUCAGUCAGAAGGCACGUCUCAAUUCCCAUCAAAGAACUCACACAGGGGAGAAACCAUAUCAUUGUUUGGAAUGUAGAAAGAGCUUCAGUCAGAAGAAAUAUCUUACUCAGCAUCAAAGGACUCACACAGGAGAGAAACCAUAUCAAUGUCUGGAGUGUGGAAAGAGGUGCAGUCAUAAGACAGGUCUCAAUUCUCAUCAAAGAACUCACACAGGGGAGAAACCAUACCAUUGUUUGGAGUGCGGAAAGAGCUUCAGUGCGAAGAAUAAUCUUACUUCUCAUCAAAGAAUUCACACAGGGGAGAAACCAUAUCAUUGUUUGGAAUGUAGAAAGAGCUUCAAUCAGAAGAAAUAUCUCACUCGGCAUCAAAGGACUCACACAGGAGAGAAACCAUAUCAAUGUUUGGAGUGUGGAAAGAGGUGCAGUCAUAAGACAGAUCUCAAUUCUCAUCAAAGGACUCACACAGGGGAGAAGCCAUACCAUUGUUUGGAGUGUGGAAAGAGCUUCAGUGCGAAGAGUAAUCUUACUUCUCAUCAAAGAACUCACACAGGGGAGAAACCAUACCAUUGUUUUGAGUGUGGAAAGAGUUUCAGUGUGAAAAAAAGACUUACUUCUCAUCAAAGAAUUCACACAGGGGAGAAACCAUAUAAGUGUUUGGAAUGUGGAAAGAGUUUCAGUCAGAAAUCACAUUUCAAUUGUCAUCAAAGAAUUCACACAGGGGAGAAACCAUAUAAAUGUCUGGAGUGCCAAAAGAGCUUCAGUCAGAAGGUACUUCUCAAUUCUCAUCAAAUCACUCACACAGGGAAGAAACCAUAUACAUGUUUGGAGUGUGGAAAGAGCUUCAGUCAGAAAUCAUCUUUCAAUUGUCAUCAAAGAAUUCACACAGGGGAGAAACCAUAUCAUUGUUUGGAAUGUGGAAAGAGCUUCCGUCAGAAAUCAAAUUUCAAUUGUCAUCAAAGAAUUCACACAGGGGAGAAACCAUACCAUUGUUUGGAGUGUGGAAAGAGCUUCAAUCUGAAGGCCCAACUUAAUUCUCAUCAAAGAACUCAUACAGGGGAGAAACCAUAUAGAUGUUUGGAGUGCAAAAAGAGCUUCAGUCAGAAGGCCCAACUUAAUUCUCAUCAAAGAAUUCACACAGGGGAGAAAUCAUAUAAAUGUCUGGAGUGCGAAAAGAGCUUUAGUCAGAAGGCACUUCUCAAUUCUCAUCAAAGAACUCACACAGCGGAGAAACCAUAGUAUUGUUUGGAGUGUGGAAAUAGCUUCGGUCAGAAGAAAUAUCUCACUCAGCAUCAAACGACUCACACAGAUGAGAAACCAUAUCAGUGCUUGGUGUGUGGAAAAAACUCCAGUCAUCGAAGAACUCUCACUCAGCAUCAAACAAUUCAUACAAGGGAGAAAUCAUACGAUUGUUUGGUGUGUGGAAAGAGGUACAGUGAGAAGAGAACUCUUACUUCUCAUCAAAGAACUCACACAGUUGGAAAUCCAUAUCAUUGCUUGGAGUGUGGAAAGAGCUUCAGUCAUAAGGGAGCCUUUACUUCUCAUCAAAGAACUCACACAGGGUUUCUGCUGCCUUUUGCUGGUCUUCUGAGGGUUAAAGAAACGCGCUUGAUUCCUAGAGAGGAAGGGGAUGUGGGGCAGGGGAGGAGGGGCCGGUGUCUUGGAGCUGCGCUCCUUUGUGCCGCCUCCUUCUUCCUCCGGAGGGAAAAGGCCUUGGAGCUUCCUCCGGGCGCUGGAUCGGGGCCUCCUGAGCGGGAUCAGCACCAUCUCGUAAGCCAAUUUUUGCCAAGAUACAAAAGAGAGAAAACUUUCUUUGACCCCAUUGAAGGUUUUUGGAAAUACAGAUCAAUGAUGGUUGAGCCAAACCCUGAAGCAGGAAGUAAUCCUGAUGCUGUUAAGACCGAGAGCAGUGGGGAAUUUUGGGAAAGAACGGAGCAGAAGGUCCUGGGUGAGGACAUGGCCAGCUCAAAUGUGCAGCUCCAGCGUUUCAGGCAGUUCCACUACCAGGAAGCUGAUGGACCCCGAGAGGUUUGCAACCAGCUCCACUCUCUUUCCCAUCGGUGGCUGAAGCCAGAGCGACACACGAAAACCCAAAUCGUGGACCUGUUGAUCCUGGAGCAGUUCCUGACCAUCCUGCCAGUGGAGAUGGCGAACUGGGUGAGAGAAUGUGGAGCGGAGACCAGUUCCCAGGCGGUGGCCCUGGCAGAAGGCUUCCUCCUGAGCCAGGCAGAGGACCAGAAGCUGCAACAGCAGCAGCACCAACAGGUAAAGGCCCAGUUUCCAGAAGUGGGACCUGAUUUCCCUGCAGCAGAGGCGGCUCCAUCGUCAGACACCUGGCAGAGCCCCCCACAAAGGGGGAUCAGGCCGGAGGGCGACGGACGUGCCUCCUUGCAGGGGCGUGGAAUGACGUUGGCAAUGAGUACACAGCCGUCUCUUCCUCAAGGGAUGGAACCCGACCAGGGUCUGGUGACUUUCGAGGAGGUUGCUGUGCAGUUCUCGGAGGAGGAGUGGGCCCUGCUGGAUCCAGACCAGAGAGCCCUGCACAGGCAGGUCAUGGAGGAGAACCGGGGGAUCGUGGCCUCUGUCGCGGAGAAACCGUAUCAUUGUUCGGAAUGUAGAAAGAGCUUCAGUCAGAAGAAAUAUCUCACUCAGCAUCAAAGGACUCACACAAGAGAGAAACCAUAUCAGUGUUUGGAGUGUGGAAAGAGGUUCAGUCAUAAGACAGAUCUCAAUUCUCAUCAAAGAAUUCACGCAGGGGAGAAGCCAUACCAUUGUUUGGCGUGUGGAAAGAGGUUCAGUGAGAAGAAAACACUUAUUUCUCAUCAAGGAAUUCACACAGGGGAGAAACCAUAUCAUUGUUUGGAAUGUAGAAAGAGCUUCAGUCAGAAGAAAUAUCUCACUUGGCAUCAAAGGACUCACACAGGAGAGAAACCAUAUCAAUGUUUGGAGUGUGGAAAGAGGUUCAGUCAUAAGACAGCUCUCAAUUCUCAUCAAAGAAUUCACACAGGGGAGAAACCAUAUAAGUGUUUGGAAUGUGGAAAGAGGUUCAGUCGGAAGGCCCAUCUCAAUUCUCAUCAAAGGACUCACACAGGAGAGAAACCAUAUCAAUGUUUGGAGUGUGGAAAGAGCUUCAGUGCGAAGUGUAAUCUUACUUCUCAUCAAAGAACUCACACAGGGGAGAAAAAAUACCAUUGUUUUGAGUGUGGAAAGAGCUUCAGUGUGAAAAAAACAUUUAUUUCUCAUCAAAGAAUUCACACAGGGGAGAAACCAUACCAUUGUUUGGAGUGUGAAAAGAGCUUUAGUCAGAAAUCAAAUCUUACUUCUCAUCAAAGAAUUCACACAGGUGAAAAUCCGUAUCAUUGCUUGGAGUGUGGAGAGAGCUUCAGUCAUAAGGGAGCCUUUACUUCUCAUCAAAGAACUCACACAGGGUUUCUAUAGAAAAGGCUUUAUUUCAAGCUUACAUCACUACCUUUCAUUAAAAACAGGAAUUAAAAAGGGCAUACAACAACAACACACAAGUAUUAUUUCUAUAUCAAAAGUCUAGAAAUACAGAAAGGAAUCAUUGAUGCCUGGGACAUCUCCACUCAUACCUAUUUGUGGACUCCCGAAUUUUCACCUAAAAGACAGAAUGAUAAACAAAAAGGCUUUAAAAGACAAUCAAUUGGAUAGAUUAAUGCAUUAUUAUAAAGACUUUUUACCCAUAUCUAGGACUGCCUGGAGGACAUCAUUGAGGAAGUCAAACAUGGUUAGCGUGGUAUCAACUAUCCACAUGUCUUAAAAAGCAGUACAUCAUGCAGCAAGGCACCAGAAACCUGACAGAUUUUGAAGGAAUGACGGCUAACUUAGCAGAAAAAGUUAAAGGCAAAUCACUAUAUAGAUUACUACUUAAACUGGAUUUAGGAUCACAGGAAGUACUACGAACUCGCUGGGAAUGUGACUGGGCUAUUAGAAUAGAUCAAGAAUACGAGACAAAAAUGUGGGGGGAAAUUCUUUUAAAGCCACAUCAGCUAAAUGUACAGAAAUAUUGCUUAAAAUAUUACCAAAAUGGUACUUCACGCCAUGCAGAAUAGCAAAAAUAGACAAGUCCUCACCAUUGUGCUGGAGAGGGUGUGGUGUCCGGGAAUCUUAUGUUCACAUGUGGUGGGAUUGUGAACAUAUGCAAAGAUUUUGCACGGGGAUGUUUGAAGAAAUAUCCAUCGUAAUGGAAACGACAGUAAUAAAAACACCAGAAUUUGCAUUGUUUAAUAAACUUGACGGCCAAAACCAAACUAUAUUACACAAAAAGCAAACUGGGUAUCUUAAUAGCAGCACGUAUGCUGAUAGCUAAAUGCUGGAAGGAGGCAAAAGGAUGAAAUAGAAGGAGGUGGUACAGUAAUAAAAAAAGACAGUUUUGCUACAGAAUGGUCGUGUUUUAUUACUCACACAGAUGAGAAACCAUAUCAGUGCUUGGAGUAUGGAAAGAACUUCAGUCAGAAGCGACUUCUCACUCAGCAUCAAACAGUUCACACAGGGGAGAAAUCAUACAAUUGGUGUGUGGAAAAAGGUACAGUCAGAAAAGAACUCUUACUUCUCAUCAAAGA